AUGAGGGAACAUAUAUGUGGUCUACCAAAGACAGAUGUGUCUCGUUUGGCCACUGCGGCUAGCGUGAAGCAUCUCGGUUGCAAGGAUGUGUGGAUGCACAUGUUCCAAAUUAAUGUCCACACUCCAAGAACAAAAAUGUUUAUGCAUAGUUUGGCAGCCGUGUCAGCAGAUAGAAGAAAACAUGCCAAUCUCAAAUAUUGGUGGAUCAUUCAUCCAUUCAGAAAUUUCAGGUUCAUCUGGGACAGGUUCAUGACAGUGGUAUUCAUGAUCUCUUUCUUGACGAUUCCAUUCUCAGUUUGCUUCGUCAUAAUGUCCCAUGAUAAAAUUCGAUUGGAUAAAUUUAACAUUUUAAUCUACACAUUUUGUUGGCUAGACAUAAUUUCUAAUUGUAUCACUGGAUACAAUAAUAAAGUUAGCAUGCGUGUCGAGUUGGAACCAUUGAAGAUAUUCAGACAAUAUUUGCAGGCUAACUUCAUACCGGAUGUCCUUUCUUCCUUGCCAUGGGACCACAUAACAUUACCAUGGCGGAAGAUUCCAGGACAAAACUGUUUAAAAUCUAUCAUUCUGUUAAAUCUUCUGCCUCUAUUGAAGAUUUCACGGUAUAACUAUGUUAAUACGCAAAUCUUCGAACUGUUUACUUAUUUCGAAAUUAUGCAUUUUUAUUACGAAACAUUCAGCACAUUGAUGCUAGGCUUUUAUAUGAUGUUCUGGUCUUCUUGUCUUUGUUAUUUAAUACCAGUAUUAGAAUUACACCUUAUUAAUUAUUCUGCCAAUGAAUGCAAAGAAUGUUGGAUGAUAGGAUUGGACAGUGACACUAUACCAUUCAGAUUUCAAUAUGCACUUUUCAUCGUUGUGGAAAAAUUGGCAGCAAGUGGUUAUGGAAAAUAUGUACCAAAAGCAGAUGGGCACCUGAUAUUGAGUUGUUUUCUCAUGAUGAUAGGGCGAAUACUAGAAUGUUAUAUCAUAGUGAUGUUGGUCCACAUAAAAGCUGGCAGAAGGGCGUCGAAAUCAAAAUUUCAGGAAAUAAUGAAUCAAGUGAUUGCUUAUACGAUUCAGAAGCAAUUACCUGCACAUAUGAAGAAUCGUCUUCUUGCCUAUUAUUAUUAUCGUUUCAGAAACAGUUACUUCCGCGAAAAAUUGAUCUUACAAAACCUAUCAGAGCAAUUGCGGCAAGAGAUCGCGUUACAAUCGUGUCACCGCUUAGUCGAAAACGUGGCGAUCUUUAAAACUUUACCAAAGAAUGUUUUACGAUCAAUCGUGAGGAAUUUGAAGUUUGAACUUUAUUUACCGAAUGAUGUGAUAGUGAAAGCUGGUGCACAAGGAGACUGCAUGUUCUUUCUCUCUGCUGGAACUGUGGCUGUAUUGACACCAACUGGAAAAGAGAUCUGUCACUUGGAUGAUGGAGCUCAUUUUGGAGAGGUAGCGCUUUUGGUUCCUGAUCAAAGAAGAGUGGCAAGCGUUAUUGCAAUUGAAGUAUGCGAGGUGUAUCGUCUCGAGCGUAAAGAUUUUCGAAAAUGUAUCGCCGUGCACACGGAAUUAUUCGCGAAAAUUGAGAAAAUCGCUACAGAGAGAAUCGAGAGGGCUGUGAUCAUUGAAGAACAGCACAAACGGUUCCUCAUGCGAAAUUCCGCGGAAGUUAAUGGACGGAGAGCUGCAAUUGUUUAA